AUGUCGAAGCACGUCAAGGACGCCACGCGCUUCACGGCGACGGGCGUAUGGGCGCACACAAGACCGGGCGGGCGGGCAACGACGCUGCAAUUCGCCGAUCCAGCACCCAAGAACGAGACGCCGCAGCAGAAAGUCAAGCGACUUCGGGAGGCAGCCAACCGGGCGAAGAUGGCACAGGUCACAAGGUGGGAUUAUGCGUAUUUGUACGGGCGGAUGGCUGCAGAUGCGGCGCAUAGGUUCACCGUGUAUGGACUGAUUUUUGCAACGGGCUGUGUUGGUGUGCUCGCUGUGUUCUCGAUAGGAGACAUGAUUGUUUACAACCGCCGGAAACGCGCCAUCUACUUUGCAGAACAGGAGCGCGAACAGGCCAAGAUCCUCGAGAGCGCACGAUCCGCCGUGGCAGCGGGAACCGCAUCGCCCGCGCAGAUGGCGCUCGUAAUAGGAAUCGCCGAGGAGGAGGAGGCGAUGGAGAAGAAGAAGGCGGAGAGGAAGGCACCGUCCAAGCUGCUGUGGUGGCUGCACGGUGACUGGAAGGAGGAGAAGCUGCUGGAGGAGCAGAGGAAGGCGGCGCUGGCCGAGUUCAAGAAGGCGGAGGCGCAAGGGCAGAGCUCAGGCGUGAAUGCUGGCGUUGCUAGCGUUACGGCCGCGGUGCAGGAGGCGCGGGACAAGGUCUCGGACAAGGUCUCGGACAAGGUCUCGGACAAGGUCUCGAGCACGCUAUCGACACCGACAUUGACACCGACGUCGACGCCGGUCGCUGGCGGCCCGCUCGAUCAGGAGGCGGCGAAGGCGAGCCAGAAGGCAGAACAGACAGGCAAGGGCUGGCUUGGGUGGAUGUGGGGCGGAUCGAAGAAAGAGUAG